GAGCACUUGAUGAGGCGUCCCACUUGACAGCCGCAAUGGAUGGGUCUUGGUGCAGUGGAGUGUCGGGCGGUUUGGCCCGAAGCGAGUGUGGUCAAGGACAGGAUACUUGCCAACAAGUUGGGGCGCAGAUGCAGAGAGUAUUGUGAACUUUGCCUUGCGGUAGCAGCAAUUUCACAAUCAUGCCGCACAUCGAACUCUGAGAAAUUGAUCCUCGGCCAUAAAAAGAAGGUUGAUGGAUUUUCAUCCCAUCAAUUAUGGGUCCCUCCCUUCCCUGCCAUGCCUCAUCAAGGUGUCCGCAAGCUGGCGCCCGCUGCCGUUUAUGCAGCCAUUCAAGGACAAAAGCGUUGUUCCACACGCGAGUCCUCAAUCACAGACCCGAAAAUAGCAAUUCGUGCCUGGGAGUCCCAGAUGUACGCUCUGCUUGGGCGGCAGAUGGGCGUGGCGUCGGCCAUGAGGUCCAGGCACUUCAUACCACCCACCGCCACUGCGACUGUGACAGCACGAGAUUGAAGGAGCCUCAUCUCAGCUACAGCUGCACCUUUUAUCUGUAACAUUCACAGCUGGGGGCAUGGGGCAACUUUAAUCUCACCGUCCUUUCUCACCAAGAUUUUCCAACCUGAUGGUACCGCAUUAUCCAUCCCGUGGCUCAUUUUGGGCGAAUACUCUGUGAAGCACCAGCCAGCUGCUAGCAUGUCCUUGCUUGCCAAGUUCCAUGAAGCCGCAGCAAUCGCUGAUCACAUCCUAGUUACUGUCCGCAUCAAGAUUGUGCUACUUCUGCCAUCUACCCC